UGGCCAGAACCUUUUUCCUCUCCACUUCUUUUAUUCCUCUCUCUCUCUCUCUCUCUCUCUCUCUCUCUACUUUUUCGUUUUAAAGUAUUGGUGUGUGAGCUCUCUAUCGCAACCACUUCUACAUCUAUCGUGAUCGCGUAGAUCCCCUGGUGCUCCCGAUCCACUAAUCCACAUGGCUUUUCUCCGAUCGUAUUCAAAUGCGUCCUCUGGCAUGGGUGUUGCCGAGGACUGCAAGGAGACAUUCCUUGAGCUUCAGAGGAAGAAGACGCACCGCUAUGUAAUAUUCAAGAUCGAGGAGAAGCGAAAGGAGGUUAUUGUGGAGAAGACUGGAGGUGCUGCUGAAAGCUUUGAUGAUUUUAUGGCCUCUCUUCCUGAGAAUGAUUGCCGAUACGCCAUCUAUGAUUUCGACUUUGUUACCGAGGAGAACUGUCAGAAAAGCAAGAUAUUUUUCAUUGCCUGGUCCCCUUCUGUGUCCCGAAUCCGUGCUAAGAUGCUCUACGCCACGACCAAGGACCGGUUCAAGCGCGAGAUCGAUGGGUUCCACUACGACAUUCAAGCCACCGACCCCUCGGAGCUGGACAUCGAGGUUCUUCGAGACCGUGCACAUUGAACUGGAUUAUUCAAUAGGAGAUGGAUUCAAACAGCCAUGUUCCCUGAAAAAUAUCACUUAUGAGGGAAAAAAUUAUUUAGAUUCCAUUCAACUAUGUUACAACUUGGUUAUGAGCUUGGAUGUAUUAUUGAAGUGCUGCUUGAGAUAUAUCUAUCAAUGAGAUGUGAGCUUGUAAAACUGGUACAAUACAACAGCUUUGACUGGUGGAAUAUUGCCUUAUUAUGAUAUGGUGAUAUUGUGAUAAAUAGCUAUCACAAGAGGGCAUGAUACUCCAAAAUUCCAAAUAAAGGAGUCUUCGCUUUA